AUGUUGGCCUUUAGUUCGUUUAGCUUUAGCCUGUUUCUGCUGCUGCUUGUAGCUGGCGGCUUGAACACUUUUCCAGAAUUAGCAGAACCAGGAAAUUUUGGAACUAAUUUCAUCAACAACAUCAUUGAGAGAGUUCAGAGGGAAAGAUCCGUGGAUACGCUGUUGCUUAUGAAACGCCAGCAGGACAGCAACUGCCCUCUGCAGGAUAUCAAUUCCAUGGGAAUACCUAGUCUUCGCCUAGAUGAACGAAUCACAAUUAAUAUAAAGCAGCGCUUUAAUAGCGAGGCCCUCGCUCUGGUUUGCAUGGCCGAUCUUGGAGAUGCCACCCUGCUGAGCACCUUGGCCCAGAAUCUACAUCGCAUGAGAGAGGCGCCAAUCAUUGUGUGGCUACAUAGUAUGGACUCGGAUCUACAGGAAUUUCUGUCUAUAAUCACCCAACAGGCAGAGAAAUAUAGUUUGAUCAACCUCUUGGUUUUUCGUACAGGCUUGUAUGCUCUCGAAGACUCGAUAAUUGUCUAUAGAUUACAACCAUUUCCAAAGGCAACUCUUAAACUUAUCAGUAAUUUAACUAAGGCACCAUUUUUAUUUCCAAUCUGGCGAGAUUUCCGCCGAAAGGUGGCCAUAACAGUGCCCAGUCUCUCUCCACCGUCCAGUUAUCUGCUCUCGGACAAGCGCACGGGCAGCAAGUACCUGGACGGCCACAUGGUUCGACUCGUAAGGGAGUUUGCCCGGAAACAUAACAUAGAGCUCCGGUUGCAAAGAGCUGAGAAUGAGAGUAUUUGGAUCGAUAAUCACAGUAUUGAGAAAAUGAUAUCGAAGGGUGAAGUGGACUUCCCAAUGCAUGGACGCAUAAACACAUUAAACAUAGAAUCUACGCCCUAUGUUGAUAUGAGUCAAUUAUUUAUUGUCGUGCCCUGCGGCCAGGAAAUGAGAUUAAGUGAUGUUUAUAGAAGUAUGAGAACCUACUUUUUUGUGAUGCUUGGCGUCUACUUUCUGUUUGCGCUGAUCGAAACAACGCUCAAGCUGGCCAGCCAGCACAUCUGGCGGCGCAGCUCGUGCCUCGGCUAUUCAACAUUUUUCAUAAAUCUGCACUCAUUUGCCGGGGUGCUGGGUCAUCCCAUUGGCUUGCGUCGAUAUCGAAGCCCAUCACUGCGACAGUUCCUGAUGGUUAUGAGCAUUUUCAGUCUUGUUUUCGGCUGUUAUUUCAAUGCCAACCUGAGCUCUCUGCUGACCAAGCGGCCCUGCUAUCGACACGCCCAGAACUUCGAGGAGCUGGCGGAAAGCGGCUUGCCCGUCAUAUACGACAGAAUCAUUGCGAAUGUGACGGAUGUGCACAUGAAAGAUCAAAUUUUCAAAAUACCCAAUAUUGUUUUCACGCCGAACAAUCAACGCAACGAUAUGAUGUUUGCCCUGAACUCGAGCAAUGCCUAUCAGGCACACAGCAAGUUGUGGGAUAUCGUGAAUAGUCACCAGAAGAAUUACAAAAAGCAUGUCCUCUGCGCGUCGCCAGGACUGACCAUUUUCCAUGGCUAUCCCAUUGUGGGCAUUUUGAAGGAGAAUUCCAUUUACAUAAAAGCUGUUAACGAGUUUAUUUAUAGGACACACGAAGUCGGUCUGUCCCGUCACUGGCAAGUGGCCUCUGUGCGCAGCAUGGUGGCAUCCAAGAAGCAGCUUAUCGAUCAAAAGAGUUCACAUACAGAGUCUACACAUGCUCCAUUAAAUAAUGAGGAUCUACUCUGGGUUUGGAAAUUGUUGGCAAUAUUAUAUGCCGCAGCAGGAUUUGUUUUCAUCGGAGAAUUGGUCAUGGCUCGCUGGCAAGGACGAGGUACCGCAAAAGCAUCCUCAAGGGUGUAG